ACGAGGGGAGAGCGAAGCAGAAGCAGCAGCAGAAAAAAACUCGCAUAGCAAAUUUCAAUCCGCGCUGGGAAGGAGGAGACUUUUCUUUCGGGUCGGUCGGGUCUUAAUUUUCACAAUGUUCUCUCUGCACCGCCCAGCAGCAGCAUAGUGUUGAUAGCAGCGUGUGGUACUAAUAGUGUGCGUGAGCGUGUGUGCGUGUGUGCGUAGUGUACAGCAAAUGCGUUGUGUAAAGUUAGCAUAAAAGCGAAGAAUACACUAAAGCUGGUAGCAGAAUUAGGCAUUAGUAGGCAUUCACUUCAGGUCAGUGUGUGUGUGUAUGUGUGUGUGUGAAAGAGUGUAUUAGUGGCAAAGGAAAAUUGAUCCGCAACGAGUGGCAAUAGUCCACACGUGAUCGAAUCGUGUCCGUAGGAUAGCGCACACCCUUGCAUUUCCGUGCACGUGUAACCAGGGGCAACGCGCACAAUAUCGUGUCACCCAGAAGCCCAGCAGGCGGUCCGGUUCGGUGUCGUAAUGUGGCGCGGGUGUGCAGUUCAGUGAUUUCAGUGUGUGCUGUUUGAAAAGAGUGAUAGCAAUUCCACGUAAAAAUACCAACCCAAGAUCAAACCAUCGUCGCACCUGCUCUGCUUUAAGGGGAAGCUGGCGCUUCCGGUUCUGAAGUACGGAGGUGUUAGCGUAGAACGGGUGCAAGAAAGCGCGAGCGUACGAAGGCGCACCAUCAAAGAGGGGGCAGAAGACACCCUUUUCGGAGAGCGCAAGUAAGGGGCAGCAGCAAAGACAGGGCGCGAUGGCUUCCGGGGAUACGGCCGCCAUCGAUACGAUCGAUGUCGAGUCGGCCCUCUCAACGAAAAAUUCCGAGUUCACCGCCAGCAGCAAAGAUCAGCCACUGGAGCUAGACGAAUAUGGAAAAUUCAUUAAGGACACGCCGGGAAAAUUCAUCAUGGCUGAUGGGAUGUCGGGCGAACAGUCGCUGGCGCCGCGGCCGCACCGGCCAAAGUCGGACAAGGAGCGCAAAAUUGGCCAUCGGCGGGUCGGCGAGGGGGGCGAGAUUACGUACAAGAAAAUCCAAACCACCACGAUCAUGGGCUCGAUCCAGCUCGGCAUCCAGCAUACGGUCGGCAGCCUGGCGUCGAAACCGCGGCGCGAUCUGCUGAUGAUGGACUUCUGGGAGCUGGAGACGAUAUCCUUCCCGCCGGAGGGCUCCAGCAUGACACCCGCGCACCACUACAGCGAGUUUAAGUUUAAGAUCUACGCGCCGAUCGCGUUCCGGUACUUUCGCGACCUGUUCGGCAUUCAGCCGGACGAUUUUAUGAUGUCCAUGUGUUCAGCCCCGCUGCGGGAACUCUCGAAUCCGGGUGCAUCCGGUUCCAUCUUCUAUCUGACGGACGACGAUGAGUUUAUCAUUAAGACCGUGCAACACAAAGAGGGAGAGUUUUUGCAAAAACUGUUACCAGGGUACUAUAUGAAUCUAAAUCAAAAUCCCCGCACGCUGUUGCCGAAGUUCUUCGGUCUGUACUGCUACCAGUGUAAUAGUAAAAACGUUCGACUAGUUGCUAUGAACAACUUGUUGCCCUCCUACGUGAGGAUGCACCUUAAGUACGAUCUCAAAGGGUCGACCUACAAGCGAAAGGCCAACAAAGCGGAACGAUCGAAAUCAUCCCCGACGUACAAGGACCUAGACUUCAUGGAGCAACAUCCGAACGGGCUGUUCCUCGAGGCGGAAACGUACAGCGCGCUGAUUAAAACGAUCCAGCGGGAUUGUCGGGUGCUGGAGUCGUUUAAAAUCAUGGACUACUCGCUACUGGUCGGUAUCCAUAAUCUCGAUCUGGCGGUGAAGGAGAAACAGGAGGCGGCUGCCAAGGCACGAUCGGAAGGUGAAUCGGACUAUGAGGACGCGCCGGAAGCGGACCAGUACAUGGUGCAGGAGCGGGAGGAACAGCGAACGACAGCCCUAAACAGGAGCAGGCACACAACCUACGGAAAGAUGCUGAUUAGGUCUAUCAACCGGCAAAGGCUUGUUGCGCAUUCGACAGCAAUGGAAAGUAUUCAGGCUGAAAGUGAACCGAUCGAUGAAGAGGACGAUGUCCCUCCCGGUGGAAUUCCUGCGCGCAGUGAAAAAGGCGAACGUCUUCUGCUGUUCAUAGGUAUCAUCGAUAUUUUGCAGUCUUAUAGGUUAAGGAAAAAGCUAGAGCACACGUGGAAAAGUAUUAUCCACGAUGGUGAUACCGUGUCGGUGCAUCGGCCUUCCUUCUAUGCACAGCGCUUUCAGGAGUUUAUGGCCAAAACCGUGUUUAAGAAAAUUCCCUCGCUGGAUCUGCCCGAGAUCAAGGGCAAUCAUAGAAAAUUUCGCACGUUGGUCACCAGCUACAUAGCGCUAAAACAUUCACCAUCCAAGAGAAAAAGCUUAUCGAAAGCCGCACAGAGAGCAAAAAAUGAAGAAACAGAUAGUCAACCCGUAGCUGGCAGUUCCCAUCAGCAUCACCACCAAAAUCAGCAGUUCAACCCGACCCAGACGCAUUUCAAUCAGCAGACAACGGGGACUCCUAAAUCAGAUGUAGAUACUUCCUCCAGCGUGCAUACGGCCGCCACGAUCACGACCACCUCCAGCAGCAGUGGUGGUGCCGCUGCCGGGGGCAAUGGUGGUAAAGCGGGUGGUCUUGGCACUAGGGCUGCCGGCGGCGGCGGUGUUGGUGGGGCCGGUAGUGCCUCCGUAACGCCGACCAACAUGCCACCGCUGAAAAAGAAAACGACGGUCGUAAAGCAAAGCGUCCCACCGCCGGUUCCACCGCGCGGCUCGCCCAAGUUCAACAAGGCGAGCGGUGCAGGGUCGGGCCGACCCGGUGGUGGUGCUUCCGGUUCGCUACCCAGCCAGUCCAGUGGCCACCGGGGACGAUCCAGCGCAGGCACAUCUCCUUCCUGUUCUUCCACUCCUCCUCCCGCUUUUGACGACAUCUCCGAGCACGGUAGCAGUAGCCAUCGACACUCGUCGGAUGACAAAACGGGCAGCAGCAGCGGAAUCGGAAGUGCCGGCGCCAGCGGCUUCGGAGGCGGCGGCGGUGGCGGCGGCGACGGUAUCGGAGGCGGCAGCGGCGGUGGUGGCGGCUCCGUCGAUCGGCGGAGCGCAUCCUGUCGCAGUGAUAACUACAAAGAAGACUCAAUAAGUAUAUCAGAAAUAAGAUUAGAAAGUCAUUUAGCAGUCGAAUCAUCAUCCAAUAGCAAUUACGGCUCGCGGGGGGCCCUAGCAUCGGUCGAAGGAUCGACCCCAACGUGGACUGAAGGAACGCCCAGCUUUACAGAUUCGAGCUCGAGCGGUGAUAUUGGAACAUUCUCAGGCCAUUCCUCUCCCAUGUCGGAUCGGGAUCGCCACAAGCCCACGGUCGAGAAGGCGCUGAACUCGCUCACAUCGGAAAUGGAAAAUUUACGAUAUCAAGUAGAUUACGAUUACAACUAAUAAGCCGGACGGGCGAGGUUAAUAGAGUGUAGAGGGUUCUGUGUGGUGUCGACAAUCGUCGACAUUGUUGCUAGUAAGACCAGUGUGGAAUUAUGCGCAUUACGCCGCGCACUUUACGCAAAUAAUAUUAUUGCGCAGACCGAUACGAAUGGAAGCGGGAAAAAGAGGACUAUGUACAUAUGUAACAAACCGUAUCAUCAUCAAUCAGGUUGAAACCAUACAGAAGGCUGACGACGUGUGUGUGUUUGUGUGUGCGUAUUGCACAUUAGGGAGAAAAGCGAGAACGGCGUGCCACAAAGACAAUGAACGCGGAACGGCGAAGGAGGAGAAAUCAAAACUCUUUAAAACAAAGACACAUACAUUAGCUAAAUAAGCGUUACUAUCACGUUAGAAGUUCGUAACACGAUUCGCCUACCAUUCCAUACUACCGGUAGAAGAAAAAAAAACAUCCACGGAAAACGGAAAGAGCAAUAUUAAAGAAUGAUCAUCCGGAUUCCUGUUUCUUGUAAAGUUUUUUUGUUUUUUAUUUGUUAUUUUAUUAUCUUACCCUUUUCAAAUAUCCUCUAUCAACUAUACCCUUAUAAACCUUGUCAUUAAAUCUUUACCCUUCUAGUGCUUCCAAGUUUUUCGUUUGUUUGAGGCAAUAAUCAUUCAUCGAAAACGGGAUAGAAAAGAAAAUUAUUGGACGUAUAAAUGCAAACAUCCUUCUGCAGCAAGCAACUAUCGAUUGUUAAUACAUAUAAAAAAGUAUGGAAAGUUAUAUCGUUCGACCAUUACCUAAUCCUUCUUCUUUCACGUUCUCCAAGCCUUAAUCAAUCCAACGAAAAUAAGCUUAAAAAAGGGGGUUCGAUGAAAGCUUCAGUAAGUUGACGGUAGGAAGAGUUGACUGCUCUGGAAAAAGAAAAGCAAGCAAAGAGAAUGAAAGCUGGUGAAGGACAACGUUCAGUUCGAAACUUUGGAGUUGUCACCCGGUACAAUUAGAGGCCUAUAGCAUUGAACAGUGGUAAACAAAAUUCUAAUAAGAUUUCUCUUUAACACUCUGGGCGCUGUGUGGCUCGCUUUGGAAUCACAGCUUUGUUCACACUCCUUCUCUGUGAUUGGUCUCUCAGUAACUCUCAGCAGAGCGUAUUGCAGCGGGAAGAAAGAGAGAGCACAUAUUGCAGAAGCGGCAUCGUACGUUAGGAUCGGAAAGAGAGUGAACGAUCGUCAGCCAAUGAAACGCUCUCAUCGCUCUCUUAUCUUGUACUGUUUUCUCCGCAGAAAGCUAAUGCAAAAUGCAAGCGCCCAGAGUGUUAAUGAUUUUGAUAAGAUUUCCUAUAUUAGUGAUUUUAAUUUGUGAGUAAGAAGAUUUCUAUUUCAUGAUUUGUGAUUUUACCAAUAAGAAAAGAAACAAUCACAUUAUUUAAGCCAGCUCUCCUUUAUCAAGGCUUUUUUGUUUCGAAUCUCAUUAAAUCGCAUGCAUAAUUUGCCCAAACAGAAUCAAUAGCAAAUGAAAUAAUUAUUUGUAUCAAACUUAAACCAAAUGUAUGCAAAAUUCUUCCAGUAUUGUUGAUGAAGAAAAAGGAAUUAAUCUAUAAGAAGCGAACCGUAAGGAAGCGGAAUGACGCAACAACAAAAAAAAACACAAUAAAUACGUUAAUAUAUUUAAGCGCGAAGAUGUACAAUAAGCAGUUGUAGACACGAUGUUAAAGCAAGAGUUAAACCAUACGCAAUUACCGUAUUAGUCUCCCCCGGGAUCUACUAUACACACACCCCCCCAUGCCACCACCACUAAAAUCAUUAACACCCCGCUUAUACGAGUGGUGUACAUACGUAUAUAUACAUAGAUAUACAUAAAUAUCAUCCUAAUUGUAAAGUUAGCUACCAUUCAAUCUCAUACCAGGCAAAGGGUCUUGUCUCGUCGCCCAUCAUUGGAGGGAGGGAAGAGUCUCAUUCAGCCGCUAGUUUACUAUUCGGAGUAAUAUUAUUACUAUUUAUGAUAAAUAUAUAAAUGUUAUUCAAUCGUGUUACAGAACCACACACAAUAAUGGAAGCGAAAAGGGUGUAUAGGAAAGGGUAAAACGUGACACAUUCACGCAUACAGAAAUGCAAACAAACACGUGGAAAGAAGAUGAUUUCAGGAGCAGUGUAUAAUUUCACGUACUUUCUCUUUGCAUUACAAAACAGCAGGCAAUCUUUUUUUGCAAUUUCUGGGGGUACAAAGAGACGCCCUAGUUGAAGGUUUUUGUGGGGGGGGGUUUAUUUUAAAGCAAUUUUGCACAGCGGUAAAUGAAACAUCUGUAUAAUCAAAACACAAUAUCACAACUUACAUAUACGAAGGGAUGAAGAAGUGCGUUAAAGUUCAUGUUCAUCGGAUUGAAGGCAAGCAAGAAGGAGGGAAGCAUUAUAAAUUCAUAUAUUCCAAAUCUCCACUCGGUAGUGGUGGUACGGAUAGACGCGUAUAAAUAUAGACAGCAAAUAGAACAAGAAAAAAAAAACACCGUACACAACACUAUAAAUCGAGCAUAUAAAUGUGUUGUGGAAGGGAGGCUAUAGAUAGAUAGUAAAGAGAAGAAGAAUAAUAGGACAAACCCGAUGGCAAAACAAAUCGAAUCGAAUUAGAGCCACAACAAAGCGGAACGACGACGGGACUCGUCGAUCGUUAGUUCGACCGCGUUGUACUACGCGUCUACAAGGUUUAUCGUUUAACAUGAGGAAACAAUAAUCGUAUAUAUAGCAUAAAACACUCCCCCUUCUUCCCACGAUGGGACGAUAACAGCAAAAUGAAUCGUAUCGAUGGUAUAGGAAAGAGGCAUAAAGAAAUGAGUGAAAACAAGAGCGCAAAAAGCAGACACACACACACAAUAUAUCCCUGAGGCAAUAAAUCGGAAUGCAAUAAUCAACGUGUUAGUGGAAACGAUCCUUGUCAGUUACUGUGCGCGGUAGAACAAGCCCGAAACAAUCGUUAGAUAGGCAAAGUGAUACGGCACGAUUUAAUGGGGAUAAAUUUAGGCAAAAAAAAGAUUGAGCCCUUACUGUGUGCCGUUUAUGUUUUGUUUUUUUUUUUCUUUGGUGUUUUGGGUGGAAUAGUGUGAUGUAAUCGUUAUCGCAAUGUGUGCAAUGCCAAUACUCUCUAUAAUAACCCUCCGAGAACG